AACUCACGGCUGAAAGGGCAAGCCAUCCAGCUCGGCGGUCCAGGCGGAACGAACACCACUGCGCACUCCCCACACACCACGUCCACCCGUCACAGCCAUGCCCACCGAACAGGAACUCCAGAUAUCCCCCAUCGUGCAGGAAUCAUUGAUGCACAAUUCUCGGAUCCUCCACAACCUCCAAUCCCUCACCGCCUCCCUCUUCGGCGUAUCCGCCGGCAUCCUCGGCCUCGAGUCCUACAGCGGCUUCCUGUUCUACCUCGUCUUCUCGCUGCUGACGGCCGCGCUCUUCUACGCCGUCCGCGUGGCGCCGACGUCGCUCGCCGCCGGCAAAGCCCCGCUCGACACGAGCAGGUACUUUAAGAGCCCGUUCGAGUUCUGGGCGGGCGGGCUGAUGAACGAGCUGGCCGGGUUUAUCCUGACGUGGACGCUCUUUUACGGGUUGGUGAGGGCGUGAGAAGUGGGAAUUUACCGGGGCGUGAUGCGAGGAGACGGAGGAAAAAGACGGGGUUAAGGCGUCAUGGCGUUGGGAUGGGAUGCGAUGGGAUGUGAUGGCUGGAGGGCCGCGGU